AUGUCUGAAUUGUUCAAUGGCGUUACGUUGAAGCUUCGCGAUGGAAAAGAAGUUGACGGCGGAGAAUAUUUGAAGGAUAAGGUUGUCGGCCUUUAUUUCUCAGCCAGUUGGUGCCCACCAUGCCGCGCAUUCACACCAAAACUCAAGAGAUUCUACGAAGCCUUGAAAAAGGAUCACCCCGAAUUCGAGAUCGUGUUCGUUUCUCGUGAUCGCGCUGACAAUGACCUCGUCACGUACUUCGAGGAGCACAUGGGCGAAUGGACGUACAUUCCAUUCGGCAACGAUCUCAUCCAGAAGCUUCUCGCGAAAUACGAGGUCAAGACAAUUCCAUCAAUGCGAAUCGUAAAGCCCGACGGCACUGUCGUCGUGAAGGACGCGAGAACCGAGAUUCAAGACAAGGGCGAGGAUGUCAAUGAGCUUUUCGACGAGUGGAUGGCAUUCUACAACUAA